AUGUGCAUCAUAAAUGAAGCGCGAUCAGCAAAGAAGCAUUUCAUCGCAAUUCACCUUGUUUCAGUUGGAAACGCGAGAAGACAAGACGUGGUAGAAUAUAAGCGAAUCACCGCAGAAGUUUGGUCACCCUUCGCAUCCAAGGAAAUAUUUUCCAAGCAUGUUCCAGUGGAACAGUUCCAGAGUGAGGAUUCGAAACGAGAAAGACAGCCGAAAAACGCGAAAAAAUCGCGAAAUAUACUUUGUCACCACUGA